CAACAACAACAACAGCAGCAACAACAGCAACACCUCGCCAGGUAAAAGCGACAAUCACAAAAACACGCAGAAAGGUAGAUCUAGUCAAAAAGAGCGAGACAGGAGGAAAGAAAAGGAGAGCGACGAAAAGCCUCUUGUCCCUCUUGAAGGAGGCAGACUGAGCCAGGGCCAGGAGGAGGUGUCCGUGUGGAAAAUGGUGUCCGGGAAGGCGGACGCGGCCAAAUACUUCUCCCCCAACCACCACCACCUACACCUUCAGCAGCUCGUGCCCGCCAUCCCCGCGGCCUUCAUCAGUCUGCUCGUUCUCGUCCUCUGUCUCUACUACUAUAGACAAUCCGGGAAAGAGCUGCCGUCAGGCGUGAAGAUCCACCGGGCCCAGAGCGAGGCCACAUCUACGCUGAGUGAUGACAUGCUGGAAUCUUUCAGGCUCUCCAAAGUGCAGGAGAUGAUAAAACAGAGGAAGAGUUUCCGCGCCCGCUCCCGGGAGGGAUAUGACGCGAAUGAUCAGGAGGAGGCGGGGGAGGAGGAGGAGGAGGAGGACGGCGGCAGCUCUAGGGAGGAGACAAUGGCGCCGUUCCGGCCGCGGUCAAGCAUGGUGAUCAGCACCGGCGUGCCCCGGAAGUACGUCCCGGUAGCAGACGCGGGUCUCCGCCGGAUGUUCGGACCGUCUGGCCGACAGCGCUGGAUCAACAAGCAGCGGGCGGCGGGCAGGUCGUGUUGAGUCCUGAACUCUGACACGGGGGAGGGGGAGGGGUCAAGGUCGAAGUAGAGAAGCACGUCAUGUAUGAUCAGGAGUAGGGCGAGGCAUUCUAAACACUGGCACGGGGUGAAGGUCAAGGUUGAAGUGUGGAAGUUUUAUCAGGAGUAUGUAUGCUAAAGGGUGGCAUAUGGUGAACGUCAAGCUGGAAGUGUGGAAGUUUGAUCAGGAGUACGCUAAAGGCUGGCAUGAUGUGUAGGUCAAGGUCGAAGUAUGGAAGCAUGAUCAGGAGAAGAUCGAGUAAUGUUGAACGCUUGCACGGGAUGAAGGUCUAGGUCGAGGUGUGGAAGUUUGAUCGGGAGUAUGUAUGCUAAAGGAUGGCAUGGGGUGAAGGUCAAGGUCGAAGUAUGGAAGCACGACAUGUAUGAUCAGGAGUAGGGCGAGGCAUUCUUAACACUUGCACGGGGUGAAGGUCAAGGUAAAGGCCAAGGUCGAAGUAUGGAAGCAUGAUCAAAGUAUGAUCAGGAGUAGAUCGAGUAAUGCUGAACGCUUGCAGGGGGUGAAGAUCUAGGUCGAAGUAUAUGGACGUUUCAAGUACGAUCGGGAGUAGAGCUAAACAUGCUAAAUGUUUGCAUGGGGUAAACGUCAAGUGGAAGUAUAGAAGUAUGAUCAAAGAUUUUGGUAUGAUCAGGGGUAGAGCUAGGCAUGCUGAACACUGGCACGGGAUGAAAGUCAAGGUCGAAGUAUUGAAGUACAUUUAUGAUCAGGAGUAGAGCGAGGCAUGCUAAACAAUUGGAAAGGGUGAAGGUCAAGGUCGAAGUGUAACCAGGACUAGAGCGAUGUAUACAAUUAAAUGCACAUCGUUUAUCCAUACUAUUGCUCGUCAAAAUUACCUCACCUUCGUACAUUUGAGUCGUCGCCUGUGAUUUAGAUUAGCAUGAAUUUCCUGUAAUUAGACGAAGGUUGUCAUCUGUGAUAAUGAUCCGCUGAAGCCAUGCGAGGCUUCUGAAAACUGCAUGGGAAAUCAGCUGGUCAAGUUCGCCGUGUUUUAACCCUAUCCGUACGCCCUGGGGUCAUUUUGUACCCCCAGGGUUGUAUUCUUCACAU